AUGAGAAAUCGGAACGCGUACGCAAAUCCUGCGAUAAGAAAAAGUAGAUUCGAUCGUGGAUCACUUCAUGAUGUAGUUCCUGAAGCUGAUGUUCGGGAUGACAAGAUUGGUCGUUCUCAGGUCGAUGCAAACGCUCUUAUGAAUCAGCUUUUCCACUUUACCAAGGAUGAUUUCCGAUACAUCGACAAAUUCGAGUUGGACCACAAGAGGCCUUCCUCUCUUGACGGAGUUAUCGGAUGGCUGGCUCUGCACAAAUUUGGAGCAAAGGACAAUCCCUGUCUGCCGUCAUAA